AUGGAUACUUCUUCUCCAGGAAUUCGAUCUCGAAUUUUGGAUAAGAAAGGGGUUGAGAACGGAGUUGCGGAUCAUCUCUCAAGGAUGAGAGUAAAUGAACCGCACCUAUCGACGAUACUCUGCCUGAGGAACAGCUACUCUUGGUGGAAAGUCUGGGAAAAGCGUAGAUUACGCCAACUACUUGGUGUGUGGAGAGGUCCAGCCGAUCUAUCUCCUUACCAGAAGAAGAAGUUCUUCAGGGACAUCUCACACUUCUUUUGGGACGAACCAUACCUGUUCAAGAGAGGAUCAGAUGGUCUGUUUAGGAGGUGCAUAGCUCAGGAGGAAGUAGAAGGAAUACUCGAGCAUUGUCACGGAUCGAGCUACGGAGGUCACUUUGCGACUUUCAAAACAGCUUCCAAAGUUCUUCAAGCCGGAUUCUGGUGGCCAAGCCUUUUCAAAGACACUCACGACUUCAUUGCAAGGUGUGAUAGAUGCCAACGAGAAGGGAGCAUUUCCAAGCGCAAUGAAAUGCCACAAAACCCGAUACUUGAGGUGGAAGUGUUUGAUGUAUGGGGCAUCGACUUCAUGGGCCCCUUUGAGCCACCUUCUCAUGGGAAUAGAUACAUCCUAGUGGCAGUUGACUAUGUGUCCAAGUGGGUCGAGGCAAUCGCUUCCCCAACGAACGAUGCCAAGGUUGUGCUCAAGCUGUUCAAAAGCAUCAUCUUCCCGAGAUAUGGAGUGCCAAGGGUUGUAGCGACACCAUACCAUCCUCAGACAAGUGGUCAAGUGGAAGUGUCGAACAAGCAGAUAAAGGGGAUCCUCAGGACGAUUGUGGGAGUCACCAAGAAGGACUGGGCAGUUAAGUUGGACGACGCUCUCUGGGCUUACAGGACCGCCUAUAAGACGCCAAUAGGAAGGACACCUUUCUCGCUCCUUUACGGGAAAUCGUGUCACCUUCCGGUGGAGAUUGAGUACAGAGCACUCUGGGCAAUCAAACUGCUCAACUUCGACAUCAGGUCUGCCCAAGAGAAGAGGGGUUUCGACUUACAUGAGUUGGAAGAGAUCAGGCUGGACGCAUAUGAGAGCUCCAAGAUUUACAAAGAACGGACUAAGGCAUUUCACGACAAGAAAAUUGUGCCUAAGGUCUUCAAGGUUGGAGAAUAUGCGCUGCUUUUCAACUCGAGAGCUAAGUUGUUCCCUGGGAAGCUCAAGUCCAAGUGGUCGGGCCCGUUUGAGAUUAAGGACGUCCUUCCUUAUGGAGCUGUCACUUUGCUUAACAACAAUGGCGAGGAGUUCACGGUGAAUGGCCACAAGCUCAAACCGUAUUUGGGCCAACGCAUUCAAGGAGAAGGAGUCUCAACUCCUCUUCCGGACGCUCCCUUAGCCUAA